AGUAUUCUUUAGAUUUUGUUAGUUUGUUUUUGUGAUAUUACCAUUUAUGCCUGUCAACUCUAUAGAAAUUGUUUUAGGAAACCAUAUAACAGUUUCCUAUUAAUUGUUAUUAUAAUUCAAUUUCUUAAUUAUGUACAUUUUAUACAAUAUUCUUGACCUCCAAAAUUUAAUAAUACGGUAUCAAUAUACAAUUCGGCUUAUAAAUGUAAAUUACUGAAUUUUGUCAAGAUAUAAUGUUAUAUAAUUUUGAUACUUUCGAAAUUUUCAUAAUUUAUAUAAAUUACGUGAUUGCACGACCUGAAUUACCACCCCCAUCAUCAUCUUCAUCUUCAUCAUCAUCAUCAUAUCAAUAUAAUUCUAUAAUAUCAUCAACACAAGCAAGCAGUUAUCUUCCACCGUCUUCAUCAUCAUCAUCAUCAGCUGGAGCAAGUUAUGGCCCCCCAGUACAAGCACCAAUAAUACAUAAACAUGUUUAUGUACAUGUUUCACCAAAUGAACCAGAACAUCAACCAGCAAGGAAACCAAUUGUUUUACCACCGCCACAAAAACAUUAUAAAAUUGUAUUUAUAAAAGCACCAUCACCUCCAAUACCAACAUCACCGGUUAUACCAAUAGUACCACAAAGUGAAGAAAAAACUUUAGUUUAUGUACUUGUUAAAAAACCAGAUGAACAACCGGAUAUAAUAAUACCAACCUUAGCACCAACACAACCAAGCAAACCGGAAGUGUAUUUUAUAAGAUAUAAAACACAAAAGCAAUCAGUACAAAGUAUUGAAAGUGGCGGUACAUAUCCAAAUAGUAUAUCACCGUUACCAUCUGGUGAUUAUGGAGCACCAAUUGAUCAUAGCAGUUAAAAAUUGGGUGUUCUUUUUGUUUCCAUCCAAAACUAUUGUAUUAUUGAUUAUUUUUUUAAUAUAUUAUAUCAAAACUUUACACUUAUACAUAUAAUAAUAAAAAUAUAUGAAAUAUA